AUGUGGCGCGUCAUCACCGAGAAGGGACUUUUAGGAUGCACCAUACAUUGUGCAAGACGAGAAGCAUCCACUAGAGAUAGAGAUAAUUACAGAGGUCGGUUAAAGCACCAUCACCUCAAUGCGGUAGAGAAAAGAGUUAACGGGUCUCCUUUUGUUACACAAAAGAGGUCACCCUUGAUCGACAGCUCUUCAGGAAAGAAAGAAGAAGACAUAGAACGUAUAGAGAAGAAAAGACGCCAAUACAAUUCAAGGGAGACCGCCCAGGACUCGCUGGCAAGAGACGUGGUGGAGGGGUUAGAGCACGAGGUAGAGAUCCUGACAGAAGCGCUGGUCGAGUCUACGUGCGUUAUGAUCGUCGCCCUAGUGCUCUUCCCUAUCGUCAUCAUCGCCGUGCACAGACUCACUCACAGGAUACAGGCCUACGCACAAACACUGCAGGAGAGAACCAAAGACCUGGACACGGAGAGGAAAAGAAGCGAGACGCUGCUGUUUGAGCUACUGCCCGUGUCUGUGGCACAGCGGCUUCUGAACCACGAGAACGUCCCACCCGUGUCCUACCCGGCCGUCACCAUCUUCUUCUCGGACAUGGUGGGAUUCACAGCCAUCUGCAGCCGCAGCACACCCAUGCAGGUGAUAGACAUGCUCAAUUACCUGUACAGGAUGUUUGAUGACAUCAUAGACACCUAUGACGUCUACAAAGUGGAGACCAUCGGUGAGUGCGUCUUAGGGAUGGUUGCUGAGUUGUUGAUGUUGUUGUUGUUGUUGUUGUUGCUGUUGUUGUUGUUGUUGUUGUUGUUGUUGUUGAGAGUCAGGUGAAAGGGUGCGACAAGGGGUAAGUGUCAUUGUUGCUGCUGUUG